AUGGCUGUCCUACCGCAGAUGAAGUCGAUAUGGCUUGAUGAAGAUGAAGAAGCCGAAAAAUUGUAUGGACUACAGGCGCAACAGUUCAUGGGACCCGAUGAUGAAGAUGCACUCUCGAUCAGGAUGGUCAACAGCGACAAACCUCUUUUGAGUAACAAGAAGAAGAUCGAUUUGGGGCCAUUGACCAAAAACAAGUUUAGAAUGCCACGUUCACCUGCCUCCAAAGGUUUUGCGAAUGGCAGUGGUAGAAGUAGUAAUCGCGAUGGUACCCAGAAGCCUAAAAGUGGGUUUUUCUCCCUUUUCAAAGGUAAAGAGAUUAAUAAUGGGAAGAAUAGAAAGAUUUCCACGCCAUUCCAGUUCCAGCACAUAUCACAUGCCGAUGCCAAGACAGGUUUUGAAUCCGAAGAUGAGAAGGAUGAAGAACCAAAUGACCACGAGGAUGACCUUUUACAUCCGGUAUGCAGCGAAGGCUGUGAACAACAUCAUGGUGAUUCCAAAUGCACGGCGAUUCCAGAGGGCGCCGUCUUAAAUAGCAGAGCUUCUUCUGCUAGAAUGUCUUACAAUGGAUCUAUAUCCACAUCGUCUUCAAGAAUUUCUAGAUUCAGCACUGGUGCUGCGGGUCGUAUAGUGUCUACUUCCACAAUGGCAACUUCGAUUCAAUAUGAUCAUAGUCGUAUCGCUUCUCUAAACAAUUUGGGCAAAAACUAUAUGAAACAUAGACAUGUCGGAAGUGCUGAUGGUAACAGUAGUGACAAUCAUGACGGAACUCUCGAAUUUUUAAAGAAUUACAACUUCCCUUCAGAAUUGGAUAAUAACGUUUUGUUCAAUUUUACCCCCGAGGUAAAACCUCAUAAGAUUUCCACGCCAAUUAUUGAAGCUGAAAGCUGUUAUUCACAGGAGACGCCCUCUUUCAGUGGUGUUAAAAAUUUACCAGCUCGCUUGAGUAGGCAUAGAUCAGAUCCAAAUUUGCUUGGUACGCCUCAAAUGGAAUCCAAAUGGUUCGAUGAGGGUACUCCAGCAACAAGAAGGUCGCUAGAUGAUGUAUUAAGAUACUACCACGAACCAAGUGAAGAAAAUUCGCCUUUACAUUUGGCCUUAGAAGUAGGAAGUCCCUUAGAGGCAGCAGUCGACGAACACUCCAUACAAGUGGACACUCCAUUAGAUUUCAACCCAAUCUCUCCCGGCACAUCACCUUUGAGAUUGGCAUAG